UUCCUCUCUUGUCUCUAUGGCUGUGGGAUUAGAACGUCUCCGGAGUUCCAGAAGCUUCUGGGCAUCGCCAUGGAGAUGUUCUUGCUGUGCAGCGACGACAGAGAGUCGGACGUCAGGAUGGUGGCAGACGAGUGCCUGAACAAAAUCAUCAAAGCGCUGAUGGACUCCAACCUGCCCAGACUGCAGCUGGAGCUCUACAAAGAAAUUAAAAAGAACGGUGCCUCUCGGAGCCUGAGGGCUGCUCUCUGGAGGUUCGCUGAGCUAGCACACCUCGUCAGACCACAGAAAUGCAGACCGUACCUGGUGAACCUCCUCCCCUGUCUGACCAGGAUCACGAAGAGACAGGAGGAGACGGUCCAGGAGACCCUGUCUGCUGCCGUGCCUAAGAUCAUGACUGCUCUGGGACACUUUGCUAACGACGGAGAGGUCAAGGUGUUGUUGAAGUCGUUUGUGGCCAACCUGAAGUCCACUUCUCCUACGAUCCGCCGGACGGCCGCCAGCUCAGCGGCUAGUGUUUGUCAACACUCGAGACGGGCCUCCUACUUCUACACCUGGCUGCUCAACGUCCUACUGGGUUUGUUGGUCCCUGUCGAUGAGGAACAUCCUAACCACCUGGUCCUGGGGGUGUUGUUAACCCUUCGUUACCUGAUGCCUCAACUACAGCAACAGGACAGGACCACCAGCCUGAAAGGAAGCUUCGGAGUCAUGAGGAAGGAGGCAGACUUACAGCCCACGCCUGAACAGCUGCUGCAAGUCUAUGAGUUGACUCUCCACUACAGCCAGCACAGCGACCACAACGUGGUGACGGCCUCUCUGGAACUGAUGCAGCAGAUGUUCCGGACUCCUCCCCCGGAGCUACUGCACAUGCUCAUUACGCCCGGCAGCGUUCCGCACGCCAGCGUGUUCCGACGGGACGUGGAGAGACGCGCCCACUCCGGCAGCAUCCUGGAGUUCAUUGCCGGGGGCGGGUCUUCCUGUAAUAGUCCACUCCUCCUCAGAAAACAGAAAGGCAAGAUGCUGUCGGGGGAGGAGGAGGGGUUGGAGGACGACCCUGAGAGGGCAGAGGUCACCACCGGGGCCUUUACAGCCUCUGUCGCGGGCGCCGACGCCACCGCCCAGGUGGUCGACAUCAUUACUCAGCAGCCCCGCUCCUCACAGCAUGCCCUGCAGCCCGGCGACUCCGUGGACCUCGGUGGCGCCUCCUCGGAACAAGGAACGACUGCCCUCGGGACGUCCGGCGGCGAGGGAGGGGCGGGGACUCCCGAGUCGCCCAAUGACAACGCAGCGGACGAGGACAUGCUCAGCCACAGCUCCAGCGGGGCUAACGUUACCCCGGAAACGGCCGACUACGCCACACCGGAGAACGCGGAGAUGCCCGACGGGCCCCUGCUGGACCCCCUGGGAGACCCCUCGCUGCCCCCGAGCGCCGACUCGUCGCAGACCACCACAGAGGGACCGGACUCGGCCGCCACGCCUUCAGACGCCGCUGAACUCGUAAGUCUGCCUGACAUGUAGGAGUGAGACUUUGUU